AUGGCCUUUACAUUACAUGAACGACAAAUGCUUGGGUUACAAAGACUUCUGCCUCCUAAAAUGGCACAAGACAUUCAAGCCUUACUUUCCCAUAAGAAUUUGCAAAAAAUUACUGACCCCUUGGAAAAGUAUAUCUACAUAAUGGGAAUCCAAGAGAGAAAUGAAAAGUUAUUCUAUAGAGUAUUACAAGAUGAUAUUGAGUGGUUAAUGCCAAUUGUAUACACACCAACAGUAGGCCUUGCCUGCUCCCAGUAUGGACACAUCUUCAGAAGACCAAAAUGCUUAUUUAUCUAUAUCUCAGACAGAGGCCAUAUAAGGUCAGUUGUGAACAACUGGCCAGAGAAUGAUGUUAAGAUAGCUGUUGUCAUCACUGAUGGAGAAAGAAUAUUGGGUCUUGGAGACCUAGGUGUGUAUGGGAUGGGAAUUCCAGUAGGAAAACUGUGUUUGUAUACAGCCUGUGCAGGAAUAUAUCCAGAUAAAUGUUUGCCUGUGUGCAUUGACAUUGGAACUGAUAAUACAACACUCUUAAAAGAUCCAUUUUAUAUAGGCCUAUACCAAAAAAGGGAUUGCUCACAGGUCUAUGAUGAUCUAAUUGAGGAAUUUAUGGAAGCCAUUACAGAUAGAUAUGGCCAGAACACACUUAUCCAAUUUGAAGACUUUGGAAACCACAAUGCUUUUUGGUUUUUAAGAAAACACAGAGAGAAAUAUUGUGCCUUCAAUGAUGAUAUUCAAGGGACAGAUUCAGUGGCCUUGGCAGGACUGCUGGGAACACAGAAAGCCACUAGUAAACCACUUGCAGAGCAGAAAGUGCUGUUCCUUGGAGCAGAAGAGGAACCUCCAAGACGUAUGCCCAAGGAAAGAAGGAUAACCAGGCUUAGAGGGGCCCUGCCACUAGACAGCACGGAGCACUUUUCCCGCGCGGACUGCGACUCUGCAGUGGUGGUGGGUUUCCACGUGGACCGUGCUCGCUCGUCUCGGCAGCGGCACUCGCUGGUCGGCAGCGCAGCUUCGCGGCGGCACUUUCUCCGCGUGGCUCCCGGGUGCUCCGCAGUGAAUCUCUGCCUGCUCCGGCUGCUCCGCGCUGGUCAUGGCCCCUACAUUGGUCGCCACUAG